CAAAUAUUUACAAAUUAUGCCUCUGUGGCAACUUCUUAAAUGUCAAACUACAAUGUUUUAAAAAAUACGCAUUUUAUUUCUAAACUUAUAAAACAAUGAGCAAAAGAAUGGGAUCUAGGCGAUCCACAAAUGGUGGUACUGGUUACCAAGAUUUAGAUGGAACUACAGUGACAGAAUCUCCAAUUCCACCUGAUGAUUUAAUAAUUGGACAAGAUAUUGAAAUGACAUCGGUCUCUGUGGUACCUGAUGAUACAUUCACCGUAACACAAGCAGUAAAUGCGUUAGGGUUUGGUUGGUUUCAAGUGAAAUUAUCACUAUGGACCGGUUUAUGUUGGAUGGCAGACAGUAUGGAAAUGACAAUUUUAUCAAUAUUAUCACCGGCGUUACACUGUCAAUGGGGUAUUUCAAGGUAUCAGCAAGCGUUAACUACCACUGUAGUAUUUUUGGGAAUGAUGCUUAGUUCCACAUUUUGGGGUAAUUUAAGUGAUAAAUAUGGACGGAAACAGGCAUUGGGUUUAUGCUCAGUAUUACUUUUCUACUAUGGAUUAUUAAGUGCAAUGGCACCAAGUUUUGCUUGGAUUUUAGUAUUGCGAGGCUUGGUUGGAUUUGCAAUUGGUUGUGUUCCGCAAUCUGUUACUUUGUAUGCUGAAUUUUUACCAACGAAACAGCGCGCUAAAUGUGUUGUUUUGCUUGAUUGUUUCUGGGCGUUAGGCGCUUGUUUCGAAGUUGCACUUGCACUAGUAAUUAUGCCAACACUUGGUUGGCAAUGGUUAUUAGCAGCAUCCACGACACCCUUAUUUGCAUUUGCUAUUAUCUGUCCAUGGUUACCUGAAUCAGCAAGAUAUCACGUUGCGAGUGGGCAAACUGAUAAAGCAUUGGAAACAUUGGAACAAAUUGCUAAAGAUAAUGGGAAGCCAAUGUUGUUAGGUCGUUUAGUUGUAGACGACAGUGUGAAUCAUAACGAAGGCAUUCGUGGUAGAUUUCGAGAUCUUUUACGACCUGCUGUACGCAGUACAUCACUUCUAUUAUGGUUUAUAUGGAUGUCAUGUGCAUUUUGCUAUUAUGGCUUAGUACUAAUGACAACUGAAUUGUUUGAAACAUCUACAGCCAGCUGUGCUGUGGAAACAGAAGCUGAUAUGGCUAAUCAAAUUAAAGAAAAUUGUGCAGCAAAUUGUCGGACAUUACAAACUACCGAUUAUAUGGAUUUAUUAUGGACUACAUUAGCUGAAUUUCCAGGAAUUUUCCUGACAAUAUUCGUAAUUGAAAGAUUUGGACGUAAGAAUACAAUGUCAGUCCAAUUUGUAAUUUUUGCUAUUUGCGUUUGUUUUUUGGUUCUUUGCACGGAAACGAGAGCAAUUUUAACAGUUAUUUUAUUUUUUGCCCGGGGUAUUAUUGCUGGUGUAUUCCAAGCGGCAUAUGUAUAUACACCAGAAGUGUAUCCAACAUUUUUACGAGCUGUGGGUGUUGGAUCAUGUAGUGCAAUGGCUCGACUUGGUGCAAUGGUAACACCAUAUGUGGCUCAAGUUUUAUUAAAAUCAUCUAUAGGUUUAGCAACAAGUGUGUAUGCGUGUGCAGCAAUUUUAGCAGCCAUUGGUUGUUUAGCGUUACCUAUUGAGACUACCGGUAAAGAAAUGGGUGAAAAUCUUAAUAAAAAAUCAACCAAGUGAUCUCUGAUGAUUCGCAUUUAGAUAUUUUGUGAUGUGACAAGUUUUUGAAGAAUGGGUUGUGGGAAUAUUAGAAUAGCAUUCGUUAGCUCUUCAAUUGUAUAAACGCUAAAAUACUUAAAGCCUGAAUUCUUCAAAUUUUCUUGUUUAGCUAAAAUUGUAUUUGAUUGUU